AUGAGCUACGAGACCGCCGAUUCGCAAAAGGAGGAGUUCCGCAAGUACCUGGAGAAGAACGGUAUCAUCUCGCAGCUCACACGCGUCUUGGUGGGCCUCUACGAGGAGCCGGAGCGCCCCGCGAACGCCAUCGACUACAUCAAGAAGUACCUGGGGGCCCCUACAGGCGUGGAUGUGGAGGAGCUCCGCGCCGACAACGAUGAGCUGAGGCGGCAGAACGCGGAGUUGGAAGCCAAGGUCGCCUCCCUCACCCAGCAGCUUAAGGAGCUGCAGACGGAGCAAGAGGAGGCAGAAGGCUAA